UCAGUUGUGUCUUGAGUACUUGAGCUAGGCGGUCUCGCAUUGGCUUUGUAUUUGGUUGUUUUGCUAUUUUCAUGUCGUAAAGUGCGUUUUCUUGGUUUAUCGUCAUACUUCGGUCAUUCGAGAAACAAUCGAGCGCGCCCUGAGAAACUUCGUGUUAUUAAUUAAUUUUGGUAUACGAAAAACAACAAUGUUACAAGCAGGAAAACGGCUUCAUGACAAUAACUUAUAUUUUCAAAAUCCUUAACCGACUUCAGCAUGAGAAAUCAUAAUGGACAAUCUCAAUGACACUUGGUCACCAAACGAAGAAGCUGCUGUAAAAUGCAGGUCUUGGUACGAUUUGGAUGAUCAUUGGAACGGGUGUAACGCAUCGUCAGAUACGCUGAUAUGUUGGCCACCUACCGCCGCUGGUGUGAUCGCCUAUCAGCCGUGCUUUCGCGAACUCAGAGGACUAAUAUACGACACUACUAAAAACGCAAGUCGGAUAUGCUACGAGAACAAUACUUGGGGCUUAACUGAUUACAACGAGUGCACGAUUCUUAAAGAUCCUAAAGAAAUGGUUUACGAAGAAGAGGACACCGUGGACACAAUAAUUUAUUUGUAUAUAGCUGGUCAUUGUUUGUCACUGGUUAUGACAUCAUUAGCCAUUUUUGUGUUCUCUCGAUUUAAAGAACUAAAAUGUUUGCGCAACAAAAUCCACUCAAAUUUGAUGGCAUCGUACUUAUUGGCUGGCAUUAUGUGGAUACUCAAUUACACAAACUUGACCGACACGGGCACAUUUAAAUGCGCAUUGUUGGUAUUACCACUUUACUAUUUCACCAUGACGAAUUAUUUUUGGGCAUUUAUUGAAGGAAUGUAUUUAUUCAUAUUAGUAGUGGAUACAUUUUGUUCAGACAGAGUACGGUUACGGUCAUAUAUGGCGAUUGGAUGGGGAAUACCGCUGAUCAUCAUAUCGACUUGGUGUGUCACGAAACUUUUAGUGCCCACCAAAAGCGACUUAGAUCUGUAUAAUCAAAUAACGUACGAGAGAUACUGUCCAUUGAUGGCUUCCUACGUGGACGAUUGGAUAUAUCAGUCGCCGAUCGUCAUCGUUCUGUUGAUCAAUUCUAUGUUCCUUGUAAAAAUAAUGUUGGUCCUCAUAACAAAAAUACGUUCCAAUAAUACGGCAGAAACGCAUAACUAUAAAAAAGCUACCAAAGCGCUUUUAGUUUUGAUUCCACUGUUGGGCAUAACUUUUUGUUUGGACAUGAUCAAUCCUAGUUCUACCGGACUCCUAGUUAAUAUUUACAAGUUUAGCAAAGUUGUGAUUAUCAGCACGCAAGGUUUCACUGUUUCUUUGUUAUACUGUUUUUUUAACAACGAAGUUCAAAAUACGUUGAAGUAUCACAUCAGCAGAUGGCACACUAAGCGAAAAUUUAUUGCUUCGAGGAAAAAGUAUGGUCGGACUUGGUCGUCGGUCAAAAAAAACAAUAUUUUACGUGAUAAACUGGACCCGAAGGAACUGAUGCCUUGGAUACCGGUAAACAACGGCAGGUCGGCGUCUUGCGUCAGUAACGGCACGACUACUUCAGCGUUGUCGAACACUAGAGUUCCUCCUGACGCGGCCGUUAUCAACUUACUACCGCCGCAGUCGGACCAAUGUCGGGAUAGCUGUUUCGAACUGGAUUUAAAUCGAAUGCAACCGAUACUUUGAACAAACAUCUACUUAAACGUUGUUGUUGUUCAUAUUAUUAAUAUUAUUAUUAUUAAAUAUAUUAUU